CCGCCGGCACCAUGGAGGCCGCUGGGCGCUGGGCGCGGGCGCUGCUCUGGGGCUCGCUGCCGGUGGCGCUGGGGCUGCUCCUGUGGGGGGCGGUGGCGGCGGGCGAGGACCGGCGCCGGGAGACCCUGAAGGCCCUGCCCGAGGCGAGCCCGGAGCUGCUGCAGCAGCGGCGCCGCCUCACGGAGCUGGCGCUGGCGGCGCUGCGGGAAGCGGCGGAGACGGACGAGAACGUGGCUCGGCGCCCGGUGCCCUGGCGGAAGUGAGGCCGCGGCCGGGGCGUGGCCGCGUGGGGCGUGGUCAUCCUGGUGGACCCGGUGGGGAAGCAGAAGCGGAAGGAGCCCGACCCCCGGCUGACCUCUGACCCCUGACCCCAAUAAAGGCACCCGUUGACCUCUG